UCGUACUAUGCCAUCGAGUCUAGAGAAAACAAAAUCAUUUGAGCUCAUGUGAAAUGUGUCGGUGACUCGUAGUCUUGCCCAUGUUAAAAUUUCUCGUGUCAAUUUCAACGCUAGCAUUGGCAUCAGGGAGGUGUUAAAAUGAGUGUAGGUCAACUUGUCGGUUAAGAAUAGUUAAUUUCCAUCUCGGUAUCCUUUAACAAUUGUCAACUUACAGGUAAUUACAAAUCUGAGAUCGGAAUCAAAGUGUUUCUACACUAGCAACCAAGAUUAGUACUAACCAAUAACCAUAGCCCAUAGAGCUCGAUUCACCCACAGAAAGAAUAAAGAAAACGAAGUAUGGCACGCAGCAUCUGCAUUUGCAUCUUAGCAGAAAACUAAGUAUAGCCAAGUAGGUGGUAGCCUACAUACCAUUCUACCAACGUCGCCGGCGGAGAGCCGAGAUGGGAUCCGGCGGUGCCGCCGCCGCCGCCGCCGCCGUGCCACUACGGAAAGAGAAGCAACGCUCAGCCGCCGGCCGGUGGCCGGAGGUCGAGGACGGCGUGGUGCCAGCGACGGCCAAGAGGCACGUGCGCAGGGCGUGGAGAUGUGGUGUCAACGUCGUGCUCGCCGCCUUCGUCAUGGUCGUGCCGCCAAUGGUCAUCCUCCUCGACGCCCGCGGCGCCGGCGCGCCGGCCGUCUGGAUUAGCUCCGUCAACGCCUUUCGCCGAGGCGAUGGCUCGAUCCUGCAAUGGCCGGCGGCGGCGGCGGCGCGCGACAAGCUUCUCGGCGGCCUCCUGGCCGACGGAUUGGACGACGGAUCAUGCCACAGCAGGUACCAAUCCGCCAUGUACCGUCGAAACGCCGGCAGGGAGCCCUCGCCGCACCUCGUGUCCAAGCUGCGGCGGCACGAGGAGCUGCAGCGGCGGUGCGGCCCGGGCACCGCCGCGUACAGCGACGCCGUGGAGAGGCUGAGGUCGGGCAAGAGCGGCGGCAUCGUGUCGCCGUCACCGGAGGCGGAGUGCAGGUACCUUGUCUCCAUCUCCUACCGCGGCCUCGGCAACCGGAUCCUCGCCGCCGCGUCGGCGUUCCUGUACGCGAUGCUCACCGACCGCGUGCUCCUCGUCGACCCCAGCAACGAGAUGGACGAGCUGUUCUGCGAGCCCUUCCCCGGCGCGACGUGGCUGCUGCCGCCGGGGUUCCCGCUGGCGAACUACACCAGCUUCAGCGUCGAAACCGCCGAGAGCUACGGCAACAUGGUGAAGAACAAGGUGAUCACGACCGACGCCGGCGAUGCUGCUCCGACGACGGCGCAGCUGCCGGCGUUCGCGUACAUCCACCUCGACCACACGUCCACCGUGGAAGACAAGUUCUUCUUCUGCGACGAGGACCAGAGGGCGAUCCGGAACAUCCCGUGGCUGGUGAUGAGGACGGACAGCUACAUCGUGCCGGGUCUGUUCCUCGUCACCGGAUUCCAGGACGAGCUCGACUCGCUCUUCCCGGAGACGGACGCCGUGUUCCACCACCUCGGCCGCUACCUGUUCCACCCGACCAACCACGUCUGGGGCCUCGUCACGCGCUACUACGACGCCUACCUCGCGACGGCGCAGCAGCGAGUCGGCAUCCAGGUGCGCGUCUUCGGCGCCCAGCCGGAGUCGCCGAAGCUGCUUGAUCAGAUCACCACGUGCACGCAGAAGGAGAAGCUGCUCCCGGAGGUGAUCGCCGCCGGAGAGCCCCCCGUCGUCGACGUCGCGCCGGCGAACUCCAAGUCCAAAGCCGUGCUCGUCACCUCGCUCAAGUCGUGGUACUACGAGAAGAUGAAGAGCAUGUACUGGGAGCACGCGACGGCCACCGGCGAGGCGGUGAGCGUGCACCAGCCGAGCCACGAGGAGUACCAGCGGUUCGGUGCCAGGUCGCACGACGGCAAGGCGUGGGCGGAGAUAUACCUGCUCAGCCUCUCCGACGCGCUGGUGACCAGCGGGUGGUCGACGUUCGGGUACGUGGCGCAGGGGCUCGCCGGGCUGACGCCGUGGGUGAUGCACAAGCCGGCGAACGACACCGCGGCCGCGGCGGGCGACGACCCGCCGUGCCGGCGGGACGUGUCCAUGGAGCCGUGCUUCCACGCGCCGCCGUUCUACGACUGCAGGCUGAAGCGUGGCGCGGACACCGGGAAGAUGGUGCCGCACGUCCGGCACUGCGACGACGUGCAGUGGGGGUUGAAGCUGGUUCGUCGGGGGUGAAUGGUAUAGUACGUACAUUGUAGUAACAGUUUUUGUAGUUGUCACGUUGUCACUCUCGCAUGUUGUACACUUGUAUGUUAGCAGCAUCCAUGCAAAAUGAAAGCUGAUAGAAAGCUUUACC